AUGCAUGUAGUAGACGACAUUUACACAGAAAUUAAUGAGUUCGUGGCUAAUGUAGUUUUACCCGAGGAUAAUGAGAUCACAGGUUCCAUAGAACGUAUCAGUAAUGAACAUCCACCUUUCACUGAGAUAGAGGAAACCGGAUGUGAAGAAUAUGUUUAUAGCACUUUCAUACAGGGAGACGAGACAUUAUUACUAAACGGAUUGGGACCGGGCUAUAUCAGCGACCUCAUCACUGUGUACGAACCAAAACGAUUUCUGCGUUCAUGCAAUUCACGAUUGCUAGAAAAACCCCGCGUUCGUACAAAGACCUAUGGAGAUCGAAGAUCCUAUUCCAAUGGAAGCAUACGAUGCUGUUAUAAUUUUGUGGAGGUGAACGGCGUUUGUGAACGGUGUCCCACUGGCUAUAUUGGAGUGAAUUGUACAGAGAGAUGUUCCGGUCUCGUUUACGGAUACCUCUGCAGUUUGAAAUGUGACUGUUCAGCUCUGGACUGUGAUUAUGUAGAUGGCUGUCCAAUUACCACAGAGGCAAUUACAGUGGAUUCGACGUCUACAGUGAAUGUAAAAGUAAAUACACCACAAGAAGGAUUUUGGAACAAGAAUGUACAUCUGGUGAUAAUAACAACAUCCGGGACACUGAUAUCGGUGUUUCUGAUACUACGAAUCAUAUGGGAGAAAUGCAGAUAUUGGCGAUUGACAGGUCUUAGUACGAUAAAUGGUACAUCAUACGAAAUGCAUGAAGUGAACGACAUUUACACAGAAAUUGAUGAAGCCAUGGUUAAAGUAGCUUUCCUUGAAGAUAGUGAGAUUACAGGUUCAAAAGAAUGUAUAAAUAACGGGCAUGUACCACCUUUCACUGAGAUGGAAGAAGAUAGAUGUGAAGAAAAUGUUUAUAGUACUGUGUGUAAAAAGUAUACUUUAUCUAAUGAUGAAGCCAAAGAUGAUGAAAAAACUGAUAUGACACCAACAACAAUUAUCGCAUUUGAAAUGGGGGAUGGUUAAGAUGUAAAAGAAAGAUUAUUUCAUCGAUAAACAUUGAAAACAUCCUUGGACAUGAUAAUGUGGAUAUCGGUCAAACUAUUAAUGAGAAGAAAUUGGAGCCAGCUUUUGACUUAAAAAUCAACAUGACAUUAACCACUAUAAACUAGUUUGAAGUGAAUGGUGAAGGUCGAUGUUUUAAUAGUCUUUAUUUUGAUGACAAGACUUACUCAUCUUUUCUGUAAUAAUACAGUAUGAUGAAAUUACGCUAACAUAAUGCAAACGGAACCAGCUCAUAUACUCAUAGCUUGAUCCGAAAAAUAUAUAAACUGGAUCACUACGUAUUCAAAGUGUGUAGACCACAUCAUUUAUGGGUUUAGUAAAUAUUUGAUAUUCUUAAAGAUGCAUACUUAAUAUUUUAUUGCUAAUCUAUACAACGAAAAUCAUACUGACAAAUAAAUAAAAAAAAAAUUAUUGAUUGUAUCUUGUUUCACGUCAAUCUCGAUAAUUUUUCGUUCAUAUACUUCAAAUUUAGGCUUAUUUUCGGCGUUUACGGCCAUGGAGCAGUGAUGGCUCUUAAGCAUGCCACACCUACUGUGACAAGGGACAUCCGUUUUUAAAGUUAUCUCCGAGAACCCUUGACACCUGAUGCCGAGCGUUUGGCGCUUGAACUGCCACUACCUGUUUUAACAACUUAGAUCUGUUGGGAUUAGAACCCGGGGAAUUAUAUAUCAUAUACUAAAUUACAUAGAACUCUUAUUAGCCGCCUUUUGGUUUUAAAAUUUGACUCCUGAUUUCGCGCAUGUUCAGAUUGUGUAGGGCAAAACAAUGCAAAUCAAAGCGAUAAGUACUGAAUUGGAUGAAUUUACGCAACGAAAAUUAUGGCUUUAGACUAUCAAAAAUAUUUUUUCUUGGAUAUUUGGAAACCAUGAUAACAUAAUAGUAGUGAAAUUGAUCUAAAUGUUGUAAUGUUUAAGAUAAGCAUUUCCUAACAUAGAUUCAAAACAUUCGAUUUAUGUUGUUUUUAUUGAAAAUGAAUUCUUUGGAUAUGUUGUUGCUAUGGCAACGGGGUAGUAGUAAACAUUCUACUGAUUUUAUCUUAAUUUUGUAAAGUUUAGGAUGUGUACUUUCUAUCUCAGAUAACCACAAGUUUUGAACAUGUGUUCUUUUUGGCAAUAUCAAUGCAAAAUAUAAUGAUUUAUUCAAUUUUUGUCGAAAAUGAAUUGUUGGAAGAUGUGUUGCCAUCAGUACUUAGUAAUUCAAAAACCACACUGAUUUCUCUUAAGUUUUUAAUGUUUAGGAUGUGUAUUUUAUAUCUUAUAUACCCAGACGUUUUGAAUAUGUGUUCUUUUUUGGUAAUUUCCUACGAAAUUUGACAAUUUAUGUUGACUUCGGUCGAUAAUGAAUCGCUGGGGUAUUUUGUUGCUAUAAUAACAGAAUACUACUAAAACCUAACUGGUGUAUUAUAAUUCUGUAUUGUUUAGUAUGCGUAUUUUCUAUCUUAUACAUGUAUACCCAAAAGUUUUGAACGCUUGUUAUUUUCCCCUCAAUAUGCACAGAAAUAUCAUGAUUUAUGCUAUUUUUGUCAAAAAGCAAUGUUCAUGUUAUUUCGUUAUACUACAUAAAUGUAGUAAAAUAUUGUAUCAAAACAUGGGUUUACUCUUAAUUGUGUUAUGUUAGGGAUGUGCACUUUUCAUCUUCUGUCCUCAAAAUUCUGGCAUAUGUAGAAUAUAUUCAAAGCAUGCCCCUAAAAUUGUUAGAAAAAUGUAAAUGAUGUAUUUGUUGAAACAAUGUACAGUGUACAAUGAAUUGUAAUAAACAAUUUAUAGAAAAUCAUGAAUAAUAUUAUCAUCA